AGUGCAUAGAACUAAUCUGAAGGUUAGUACAAUAUGAGGAAAUUCUGACGAUAUUAACUCACAACAACCUUGAACUGUACAACCUCACUGUCACUGUCACUGCCAAAGUAUAGCAUAGUAGUGAGUCAAUGAGAUGCCAGAAUGUAAAGACUGGAGGAGAUUCACGUAGGUAAACACGACGAAAACAGUGAGAAUAGGACUCGGAAGUGGCAGAGUAAUUUACACCGACUACAACAUGGAUACUGACUACUAUAUGUGUGACAUAUGCGGCAAGUGUUUCACCGAGACUGCAACCCUGGAUCAACAUAUGGAAACGCAUGAAAACAAGAAACAACACCAAUGUAAAAUAUGUGAUCUGCGUUUUUCUUUUUCAAAAAACCUAAAAGAACACAUGAGAGUCCACACAAUAGAGAACUACUCUGCUCUGAGUGGAUUGAAUUCAGCAACUCCGAAAAUUCAAGUGAAAGAAGACGGUCUCAAAUGCAAUAAAUGUGAUAAAUGUUUUACUGCCAAACACUAUCUAACACAGCAUGUGAGAAUACAUUGUCGCCAGAGUUCAUACACUUGUCCAGUCUGUGAUAAAACAUUUAACGCCCUAUAUGACCUGAACAGACACGAGAACACGCACAGUGGAGAGAAACUAUAUCAGUGUGAGGUAUGCAGUGAAUAUUUUUCCAGAAGAUGCUUUUUACGAGAACACGUAAGAAUACACACAGGCGAGAAACCGUAUGAAUGCAAAAUAUGCAGUAUGCGUUUCACAGCAACAAGCGGCCUGUCCCAGCACAAGAGAAUACACACUGGUGAAAGGCCAUAUCAAUGUAACAUAUGUGGUAAAUGUUUCGCACAGCAGAGCACGCUGUCCAUGCACACCAGAGCUCAUUCAAAUGAGCAACACAAAUGCAAUAAAUGUGAGAAAAGUUUCACUCGCAAAUCCAACCUAAAAUAUCACAUGAUGAAAAAACAUCUGAAUUCUGGUGACAAUAUUAACGUGUAUCAAUGCAAGAUAUGUAACAUGAGUUUUCACUACCAAAGCAGUUUAAAAGAACACACAAAGACGUUAACAGGAGAGAUACCAUGCCAGUGGAAAGUAUGCAAUAAAUUUAUGAAAGCAACAAUCACUAGAAAACAAACACCAUCCAAACUUUAUACUUGUUCUCAAUAUGCAAUUGAAAAAAUAGUGGAACACGUAAGGACAUAGGAUUACAAGUAUUCCGUGUUAAAUAUUUUCAGUAUAAAUAUUCAAAAACUGUUAAAUAAAAAUUUUUUAAUA